AUGAAGUUCGGCAGCACCACCUUCACAGCUCUUGCAGCUCUUACUCCCACCAUAAUGGCCGCUCAAGCAUAUAUACCUUACGCCUGGUGCCCCAACAUACCCGCCAUCCACAACAAGCCCGUCUCCGCCCACGACGGCCGCUUCUUCAUCGACAAAGACACCACUGCCGUGGGCCCCUACGGCAGCAACCCAGACCUCUGGAACACAACCAUAAUCUCCGGUCCCACAGAGGGCGACAACUGGUGGAUGGGCAUCACCGGCACCGGCGGCCAAUCCCUGUUUCUGGCCAAGUGGUCCCCGUUUCUGUCCCAUGCGAAAUGGGCGCUGGGGUCUACGGUUGUGGAUGGCAAAGAUGUUGACGGUGGCUUCUUGCCUGCGUAUGGGACGGGCGCCGUGACAUUUGUGUUGGGCAACACGACGGAUAGUCAGCUUAAAUUGGUCAAUACGGGCAGGUAUGGAGGUUCGCGCGGGACUCCCAUGACUGAUGAGUGGAGUGCUUGUGCGGUUGGCGAUUUCUUCUCUGUCGAAGCCGGAAGGAGAAUUGAGUAUGGAUUGGACUGUUAUGAUUUCGAGAUGGUGUUGAAGGUGACUGAUGCGCCUGCUCCUCAGUACUACCAUUACUGGGAUGAGCUCUGA